AAUGUCCAAUGAAAACUAACAUGUUUUGCUUCGAGCUUCUAGUUUGCAUGUUGUAAAUAAAAUAAAUUCAAUAAAAUUAUACAAUAUUCAUGACUGAAGUGAAAUUGCAACAAUUAUGGCUACUUAUGAUAAUAAAAUAUGGCUAUUGAAAAAUAUUCGAGAUGCAUUCAUCGCCACCGAUGACACGGGCUUAUGUGAGAUUGUUAUGGCUGGUGAAGACUUCUCCAAAAUAUUUCAAAAUAAAUCAAUCGAAGACAAGAAAAAAAUCAAGGAAGGUAGAUUUAGCCAUGUAGCCACUAAUAAAGGGAAGGAAGGUAUGGGAGAUAUAUCUGAAGAUGAAGAGGAGAAGGAAAUAGUGACACAAUUUGACCCUUACCCAGACUUGGAAGACAGUGAUGAUGAUGACCUCAUGUGUGGCAGCUACAUCCGCUACGAGGAGUUUGGAGGUCACAGAAUUUAUUCCAGACAGAGGUCAAACACAGCUGUCUUGUUGGAUAAAAAGGAGCAAGCUUUAAAAAAGGCAGCUAAAAUCAAAGUUGUUAAAUGGGAAGAUCUGUACACAUUAACUGCCGACCAAAUGGCUGACGUUUUUAUGAAAAAUGAAGUAAAGAAAACUGAAAAACAGAAGUCCUUACUGGCGGAGCAGAUAGAGAAAUGUCCAGAUUUACCACACCGCCAUUAUCUGGAGUUUGCGAAGUUUGAUGGCACUGCACAAAUGGGGCUGCCUACGAAGUCAUUCAAAAUCUAUAUGACAGUGUUGCCAGAGAAAUAUCAGACCUACCCAUUGUAUGUUUGCGUCAUUUCCAGUGCUAAAAUUAAGGAUCUCGUUGGCUUCACGUGCUAUAAGUACAGCAUUGAACAUCCAGAUAUCUCUCUCGGAUCUGCACAAAAUUAUGGGCUUUGUAUAGCAGACGAAGAUGGGGAAGUUGACUGGGCGUUCCCUUGUCUUGACGCCAAUGAACCAUGCUCCAAAUUCGGAUUCACUUGCCUUGGUCUCGUAGACCUGAAGAACAAGCAUGCACUAGCUCAUGCUCCGAUAUCUAUACCUGACGAUGGAAUUAUCAGCAAGGAGUUGGAUGUGUUUCCAAAGGCCUCAGAAUCUGGACACAGUCAUCAAAUCUCGACGAGACAUUAUACUGGGGAGAGCACAAUUUCAGACACAGUUAUAAAUGCCUUGAGAGCACUUAAUGAAGAAAAAAAAGCAAUGGCCGAGAGUGAGCAAGACAGGAUACAGUCCCAUCUAAUGGCCGCAGAGCCACCGCAAUACAAGACAUACAGGGUGCACUUACUAAGGAAAGUGCGAACCAAUACGCCAGUCCAACUGAUCAUAUCACUGGACAAGAUUGAAGUAGAACCGCUAGUCCCGCAGAAAAAUGCGUUUUGGUCAAGGUCGAAAUAUUUCCUUCACAGCAUAGACUCGAUAGCGUGGUGCCAAAUACUAGAAGCCAGAGCCCAUAAAACUACGUUCAGAGUAGUGUAUUCACCCGCGCAUAAUUCAAGCUUCCACGAUAGAAGUACUUCAGGUGGCACCAGUUUCUUCCAUCCAACAACAGCAUACAAAGUCCACGACUUCGAAUGCGACCACGAUACAGCCAAAGAGAUAGUAGACAAAAUAAAUAUAAUUCUAGACCGAAGAAACAGCCCUUGUAGGCGAGAGUACAAGACUGCCAAAGAGAAGAAGUUGCAAACUAGGAGGAGUUUUCACACGAAACAUAUGAGUUGAUCAUUCACCAAGUGUGAGAGAACUUUUACUUAUUCAUUACUUUUAUAUUUCAAAGUUCCUGUCAUUAACUACAGUGUCAUACAUAUUGAUUUAUACAUAGGAUUCAAACAUACAAAUCAAAUUUUAUUUUUAACAAGUACAAAUAAUGUAACAACAUAUUGCACUCGACUAAAUUUAAACUACCUAAAUGAUUCAGGAACAGGAACCAAUUCCAACUUAUAGUAAAAUUAGUUACUUAAAUUGAAUCAUUAAGGACUUCUGAAUUUAGUUAAGUGAAAUACGCGUUUUAGUCACACAAUCUAUUUUCCUAAUAUGAAAAAUUUAUUACCUUUUUUAAAUUUUAAUGUGUAUGUUUUGAUUUAUAAAUUCGAAUAUGUUCUAUGGCGGCCAUGAGUAUCGAUUGCUAUAAAUUAGCCAUGAUCUGUGUGGAAUACAGAUAAUAAUUAAUGUUUCCUUCAUCUGUUUCUUUCUUUCAUUCAUUCAUUCAUUCAGCAGUAAAUUUUGUGGGACUUCGUAUCCUUCAAAAUUUCCCUCAAUUUUGAUGUCUCUGAUCCCUCAGUCAAGCCAAAAAAUAUAGAAUAGCCUGUAUUAGCCUAUAGUUAGAUCUUGGAGACAAGCAUUCCAUUACUUUUCAUAAAUAAGUUUUGUUGUAAGGUUCGUCCAUUUAGACAUAGUUCUGCCAAUUUCAAACACAAUCUUGAAUGUCUGCCUUCAUCAGCCACUGUGACUUAUUUAUAUAUUUAUAAGACAUUUAUUUGGAUCAGACCGAGUAUGUGAUAAAUUCAUGCAGAAUUUAACCAGAAGUGAAAGCAGCUGACCAAUCCCUUCCAAAAAAUUUACUACAGAUUCUAGCAAUUACUCAUGCCAUGAAACAUCAUAGAUAAACCGAUUUUUAAAAAUAAAUCUUCAAAUGCAUACAAUAAUAUAUUCCAAACAUUUUAACUAGACUGCUAACUGUUUAAUACAAAUUGCAUUAUUAAGUAUAAUUAUGUGAUUUUUUAAAAUUGAUUAAAUAAUUUUUAGCUCAAGUAUUAUGAUCAAUUGUAGAAUACUUGUAUCUGUGAAAAACCGAUACAUGGACAUGUUGCAUCAAAAUCAUCAUAAAAAAAUCCCAUAAAAAACAUGUGUUUGGUUAUUCCAAAAAUACUUUUAAUUAUUAUAACAAUUUUCAAUAAUGUUUUAUGAUUGUACAAUUCUUAAUAUUUAAAUAGAUACUAUAUAGGAAUUUUCAAUGGAUCAUAUGUUUUUACCUGGAAUUUUUUUAUCAGUUUUAGUUAACUGUUACAUAAGGAUAUAUAAUAAAAUGGCAUCACUACAGUUACAGAUUAAUUCCAUUUUGAUUCUAAUUUUAACUUAUGAUAACACUAAUAAAAUUAUUUACCUCUUGAUUAUUUUAAAUAUACUGCCAUUAUUAUGUCUUUGUUUUUAAUAGCUCAAUUCUCGAUUUAUUAUUAGUUUAAGUGUGUGAGUCUAAUAAAGUUAUUUAAUUCCAAUUGUAUG